AGAAAAUAAAGACGACUCCCCUGGCUUGGUCGGUCCGGCCAAAUUACGAGCUCUGGGAGAGGGAGGAGGAGAGAGACACAGAGUCAUCCAUUCUCUGCAACUCCACCGGGAAAGGAAGCAAGAAGGAAGAAGUAUGGCGUUCGUGAUGAGGCAGGUGAAGGUGCCGCCGAACUCGGCGAGCCUCGAGGAGGCGAGGGCAAGGACAAUCGAGUUCUUCAAGCAGGCCUGCAGAUCCAUCCCCACCAUCAUGGAGAUUCACAACCUAUACGACGUCGUCACACCGUCCCAGCUCCGCUCCACCAUCUCCGCCGAGAUCAGGAAGAAUGCCCACAUCACCAGCCCCAAGAUAAUUGACAUGCUUCUAUUCAAAGGAGUCGAGGAACUCAGCAACAUUGUUGAACAUGCAAAGCAACGUCAUCAUGUGAUUGGUCAGUAUGUAAUUGGGCGUGGGGGCCUCGUGCAGGACACAAGCACCAAAGACCAGGAGACAUCAGAGUUCCUUAAGAAGUUCUACAGCACCAACUACUUCUGAGCUUCGAAACAAAACAAACUGCACUGCGUCAAUUCUAUCUUCAUUUGGUUGUCAAUGCCUUUUGAGUUCUGGGAAUGGACCUUGCAAAUAAGAUGCUGGCACCUUAAGCAUUUUGGAGCAAAAUUUUUAUUCCUCUGAAUGUCUCUCAUAGUGUCUUGUGGAAGAAGAGCACAAAACUUCCAAUCAAAGGGAAGAGAACAGAAAUGGUGCUUUCUGUGACAAAGAAAAACUGUACUCUCUUUGAAAACAAGCCUUUCUGUGGUUCUUGAUACAA